CUCCCUCCCCUGAUGGCUCGUCGAUCCCAAAGCUCCUCACAGGGGGACAAUCCCCUGGACCCCAACUACCUUCCCCCCCACUACAAGGAGUACUACCGCCUGGCCCUGGAUGUGCUCACAGAGGAGGGCAAGGAGAGUUACCAGCGCUUCCUGGCCGAGGAGGCGGCCCCCGAUUUCCUCUGUGGCUCCGAGGUGGAUCACAUAAUCCAGAACCUCCAGAAGCCCCAAUAUGCCAACCAGGAGGGCAGCACGGACACAGCGGGGGACAAUGAUAUGGAUGGAUCCUCUGGGACUUACUGGCCCAUGAACUCAGAUCUGGCCGUUCCUGAGCUUGACCUGGGCUGGCCGAUGGUCUUUGGCUUCAGGGGAACAGAGGUGACGACACUGGUGCAGCCACCCCCACCAGACAACCCCAGCAUCAAGGAGGAGGCUCGCAGGAUGAUUCGAGCAGCUCAGCAGGUGGUGGCCAUCGUGAUGGAUGUUUUCACUGAUGUGGAUCUGCUGUUUGAGGUGCUGGAUGCUGCUUCUCGCCGCGUGCCUGUCUACAUCCUGCUGGAUGAAAUGAACUCCCAGCUCUUCCUCGACACAGCUGCCAAGUGCAGAGUCAACCUGAACUAUGUGGAGUUCCUGAGGGUGAGGACAGUGUCUGGCCCAACCUACUACUGCCGCACGGGGAUGUCCUUCAAGGGGCACCUGAAGGAGAAGUUCCUGCUGGUGGACUGCAUGGUGGUGCUGAGUGGCAACUACAGUUUCAUGUGGUCCUUUGAGAAGAUUCACAGGAGCAUUGCACACAUCUUCCAGGGUGAGCUGGUGGCCAGCUUUGAUGAAGAAUUCCGCAUUUUGUUUGCACAGUCGGAACCUCUCGUUCCUCCAGCCAACGUCUUGGCAAAGGCAGAGAACACGUUUGCCAUGGCUCCCUUUGGCAAUAACAUGCCUUUCUUCCCCAAAAAAGGCCCCCUGAUGUUCCAGAGGGAUGAGAGUCUCUUCCCCUCCUUCAUGGACAGGGUGGAUUCGGACAGGUACUUCCUGUCCAAUUUCCGGCGGGACGACAUGCUGCGACACACUGUGGAGGGGUCAGCCAUGCGGAUGUACAAAAAGGUGGAAAUGGAAAAUUCCCAGAUGGAUCCAGUCAGGGGCUUCCUCCGUUCCAAGCAGCUGGAGCUGGAUGCUUUUAAGAGACACAGUUUUGCAGAAGGAACGUUUGAAAAUUUUGCUUCUGCCAAGCAGUACACCCGGCAGAUGUUCAUGAACAACAUGGACGAGUUCAAAAUCCAAUCCAGUCAUUUCCAGAAGGACCAGUUCUACCAGUACCAGUUUGAACAUCCCCAUCUUCCUGGCAGACCUCAGGGAUUCUUUGAGAGAAUUCGAGGGGGGAGGCCGGGAUUCAAUGAACUGGAAGACUAUGGAGAGGGACCCCGAUACCCUGAACUGGAGUCCAGUUUCCCACAGGAGGGUUUCCCCCUACGGCUGGAUUAUGUGCCUUCAAAUUCUUCCAGGGAGGUGAGACACGGCUCUGACCAGCUGAACCCUGCGGGCAACAGCCCCAUGGGAAUGAUGUUACGGAGGCAGAACAUAGGACAGAAAUUCAUUUGCCAAACUUCUCCCACGCAGAAGCAGAGCCUGGAGCAGCGCCUAUUCCUACAGGACAAGGAUGAAGAGCAGGAUGACGACAAGAACAUGCAGGAAAACAGAACAGGGUUACGGAACUGGAGGAUUUCUUCAUACCUCAGCGCAUACCAGUCUGAACCAGAUGAAGGGCUCCCGAUGCCGAUGGAGUCCGAGGCAUAUAAUGAUGCUCUUGGGGAACCCCUCACAAAGCACCCCACUGACCUUGUCCCAGCCUUCAAACCCCCCACACCUUUCAGUAGCAAGCCACUGGGAAUUGACAGUGCCAAGGAAUCUGCAGAUCCUGACAGAGCAGGUGAAGAAACCUCAAUAAUGAAACCAGAUGCCUUCAGGUCCAGGAUAAAUCCCUUGAUCCAGAGGAGCUCCAGGCUCAGGUCCUCUCUGAUUUUCAGUGCUGCCAAAUUAGAUCAGCCCAACACCACAAUAGAAAAGGUGCAGAUGAUCCAAAAAGAGCAAAUGUCCAGUGAGUUAACAAAGGACAAUGAAACCAUCAAGACAGCUGCCUCCUCCAAAGUGGCUGAGCUGCUGGAGAAGUACAAAGCUGUAGGCAAGGACAUGGAACGGGGCACAGUCACCCACACCAAAGCUGUUUCGGGUUACCUACAGGAGGAAUCUCAGAAUACGGAGAAGAAAUGUACCAAAUCUGUGCAGUAUAAGAUCCUGGAGAGCAGGGUGCUGGACUCCAAAGACUCCUGCAGUACUUACAAAAUGCAUGGAGAGUUGGACAGAGCAUUUGGAAUGGCCUCAUCCACCCCCCAGCUUGGGGACACAUUGAGUAAAGAUCCCCUGGCACAUCUUGGCACCAAGGUGGACAAGCUGUCAUCCCGGUUUUACCCCAUCGAGAACAAACCUCAUAUUCCAGAGAAGGAGAGCCUGAUAUUUGUAGGAGACACUCAGAAAUUGGCUCUUCCAGAGAAGAAGGACAGAGUGACUUUCAGAGAAGACUCUCCAAAAUUAGUCAAUGCAGAAAUGAAGAAACCACAGAUGAGGACAAGUACUACAUCCUCAGUUCUAGAAAGCCUGUCUAGAAGUCCAGGGUCUGACAGCUCCCUCAACAAAUCUGAGGAAGACUGUUCAAAACAAGAGCAAAAUCCCAUGGAGUUUUUAAGAAAAGGGUCACUACGGCUGAAGCAGCUUUUGAACCCAAAAGGUGAAAAGAAAUUGGAGGAGGAACCUGCUUCUGAGAGUGGGAAAUGUGACAAGCAGGCAGUGGUGCUCAAACGAUCAUCCACAGGGGACUGCCAGGAAGCAAUGGAGGAAGAAAAACCCCACAAAUUCACAGCACCACUCCCCCCCAAGAGCAACCAGACAACGCAAGGGAGGUUCCCUUCCUCCACAGCCAACAUCCUGUACAGCAGCAACCUGCGUGAUGACACCAAGGUGAUCCUGGAGCAGAUCUCUGCCAACAGCCAGAAGAACAGAGCUGAGCUGGCCAAGCAGCUGCCAUCCACCAGCAACCCUGACCUCUCCAGGUCGACCACAAGCUUGGAAAGAAAAGGGGAAAAGGAGAAAAGCUGCAACAUACACAGGUCUGAGAGUUUUGGGAGCCAGAAACGGAACCUGCAGCGGCAGCCGUCAGAGGACAGAGACACCCUCCUGAAGAAGAUGGAGAACAUGCGGAAGGAGAAGCGAGUCUACAGCAGGUUUGAGGUGUUCUGCAAGAAGGACGAGCACACGAGUCCCAGUGAAGAGGAAUAUGACACAGAUGCCAAAGACAAGAAAAUGGGAAAAUUCAUGCCGAAAAUCCUGGGGACCUUCAAGACCAAAAAAUGAUCCUAGAAAUCCUAUUUAAUUCCAUUUAAUCACUGACUGUCAAAGGGAAACGAGGAAGAAACUUGUCUAUGAUGGCAAUGCUCUUCUUGAUUAGUGAGCAGAAAUGUAUCCAGCAUGAGCCUCCCACGGCAGUUUGCUCAAUAAAGUCAGGUGGUAUCAAACAACCUUAUCACAGUAUGUUACAAAUAAAACAAUUAAAAUGCCAA